AUGUUGAUCGCCUCCGAUAAUAUUAUCUCUUCUGCUACCGGAAUCCAGCAAGAUGAUCAACUUGGUCCGCUACUAUUUGCAAUGGCUGUCAACGGGACAGAUCGUUCCAUCGCCUCUCCUUUCAACAUAUGGCUGGAGGCAGGCGAAGCUCCCUUUGCUUUUCGGAGGCCUGAGCCUUCGAUCAGCGGCAGACUUGGCCCUUCCAGCAUAUUAAUUUCUUUUCUUUCUUCCAGUUGCGAAUUAAUUGAUGCGAUACACGGCCCCCGCCCCCUUUCUUAUUCUUUAUUUUCUUCUUUUCCAUCAUUAUUUCCUUUUUCUUAUUUAUACUUAUUUUUUUCUUUUUCUUUCUUUCUUUCUUUCUUUCUUUCUUUCUUUCUUUCUUUCUUUAUUUAUUAUUUCCAUCCUUCCUUCCCUUAUUCCUUCUUCCAUUUUUCCUUCUUCCAUUUUUCCUUUUCUUUCUUUCUUUCUUUCUUUCUUUCUUUCUUUCUUUAA